CCAUUUACUGAUAUCUAACCUUAAUUUUAAAAUUAAUACAACCAAUUUAAUUUGUGGACACUUUGCAUAGUAACCAGACGCUUUUCACUGUAUUAUUUUUUAGAAAAAAUGCCGUCAAAUGCAAAAGUUUUCAUCAAGUAUGGGCCGUAUGAGGCUGCUGGUGUUGUUGACUACAGAGACUCCAGACUUAGAGGAUUGCAAGCCAUUCUUACCAAAAAUGGCCAUUCUGUAAAGCUAGUUAAAAUUGAAGAUCCAAACACAGUUGAAUUGUCAGUGAAUGGAGAAACAGUUUUUACCUGUGAUAUAAAGGAUUUAGACUAUGGUUCAGAUGGUGAAUUGGACCCACUGUGUAUCAAGGCAAAGGAUGCAGUAAAAAAGGCCUAUUGAGUGCAGUUGUGUACUUGAUUGACAUGAUUUUUUGUAAUGUUGUUUAUGUAUUUUUCAUUGAAUAUUGUUAUAGUAUUUAUAUAUUCUAUAUUUUGAUCAUUUAAAAUCACUUUUUUAUUUAUACUAUGUUAAAAUUGUACGUUUACCUUAAGAAAAUAUGAAUGACUAA